AUUCUGUGGGAAUGGAAUUAUGAUCCAAGGAUUAGAAGCUGCACACACGUGGGUGGUGGAAUCCCAAUCCCGAGCACCUCCAGAGUCUCCGGUCUCCCCCGACACGGAAAGACAAAAACCCUUUUCUCUUCUCUGUCUUUCCGUUGAUAAUGAGCUUCUCGUCCUUCACGACCUUCGACUCCAACCCACUCUCCACUCCUUGGAGCAAAGGCUUCGUCACCCACCUCCGUCCUCGUCUCCUCUCCCGCCCCAGGAAUGUCGUCGUUUGCUCUGUCAAUCCUCACGCUGCGUCGCCGUCCCUGGCCGUGGCCCAGUCCGCCUCCCAGGGACUGAGUCGAAUCGAAUCUUUAAGUCAGGUCUCGGGCGUGUUGGGCUGCCAAUGGGGCGACGAAGGCAAAGGCAAACUCGUCGACAUCUUGGCCCAGCACUUCGACAUCGUUGCUCGUUGUCAGGGUGGAGCUAAUGCUGGACAUACCAUUUACAAUUCAGAGGGAAAGAAGUUUGCACUUCAUCUUGUUCCCUCUGGUAUUUUGAAUGAGGAUACUCUUUGUGUUAUUGGGAAUGGAGUAGUGGUGCAUCUUCCGGGUUUGUUUAAAGAGAUUGAUGGGCUUGAAUCCAAUGGGGUCUCCUGUAAGGGAAGGAUAUUGAUUUCUGAUCGUGCCCACCUGCUAUUUGAUUUCCAUCAAGUAGUGGAUGGGCUUAGAGAAGCCGAGCUUGCUAAAUCUCUCAUUGGGACUACCAAGCGAGGAAUUGGGCCUUGUUACACUAGCAAGGUUGUCCGGAAUGGAAUUAGAGUAAGUGACCUGAGGCACAUGGAUACUUUUCCUCAAAAGCUUGAUGUAUUGUUAUCAGAUGCUGCCUCGAGAUUCCGAGGUUUUAACUAUGGCCCAGAUAUGCUCAGGGAAGAGGUUGAAAAAUACAAGAGAUAUGCUGAGAGGUUGGAACCCUUCGUUGCUGAUACAGUGCUCGUCAUGAAUGAAGCCAUUUCUCACAAGAAGAAGAUUUUGGUCGAAGGUGGUCAGGCAACCAUGCUGGAUAUCGACUUUGGAACAUACCCUUUUGUAACUUCUUCUAGUCCAUCGGCUGGUGGGAUUUGCACUGGUCUUGGCAUUGCACCUAGAGUUGUUGGCGACCUAGUAGGAGUUGUGAAAGCAUACACUACAAGGGUUGGUUCUGGUCCAUUUCCUACAGAACUCUCAGGUAAAGAGGGGGACCUCCUCAGAUUUGCUGGGCAGGAGUUUGGCACAACUACUGGUCGCCCUCGUCGUUGUGGUUGGCUUGAUAUUGUUGCCUUAAAAUACUCCUGUCAGAUUAAUGGCUUUUCUUCACUAAAUCUCACAAAACUUGAUGUUUUGUCUGAGUUUUCUGAAAUUCAAUUGGGGGUCUCUUAUAAGCAUAUUGAUGGUAGACUAAUCAAAUCAUUCCCAGGAGAUCUUCGUCUUCUUGAGGAAUUGAAGGUGGAAUAUGAAGUAUUGCCUGGAUGGAAAAGUGAUAUAUCUUCUAUCAGGAACUACUUUGACCUUCCCAAGGCUGCUCGUCAAUAUGUAGAAAGGAUAGAAGAACUUGUAGAUGUGCCCAUUCAUUAUAUUGGUGUUGGACCUGGACGAGAUGCACUCAUAUUUAAAUAAUUUAAAGUAUUGUUUAUUUAGAUGUAACAUGGUAGUCAUGCUAUUGGCGGGAUCAGAUUGAAAUCUGGAAGAAUUUAUUCCCGUUAAUGAUGGGGGAUUUUGGAUAAUCAAAUUUCAGAAGAUAAGAGUUACUUUCAUUUCAAAAAACAGUUAUGUGUUCUCCAUCUGGUGAUUGCUCUGAAGAUAUGUUGUGGUUCAACUGUUUCUUUGAAAUUUUCUUAGUGGUUUUGCUUGUUUCAGUCAUGUAUUUCUAUAAAAGAGAGUUCUUUGGCAAAAUUUCAACCCGUAGGUAAUGCUGUGAUCUUUUGGUUUUUUGGUUGGUAAAUUGUAAAAUGCAGUGUCACUAGAACUCACUAAAAUUGAUAUUUUAAAAGACAAAAGAGUAUCUCCAGACUCCAUCUCUCGCUGUCUUUCUUCCCUCUAACAAACAAGCAGCAGCAGCAGCAGUUAGUAAAAGCAAAAGCAGUAGCAGUAGCGGUGGGGAGGGAGGGAAGUCCAUUAAGAAAUCAUCUGCUAUCACUUUGCAGCAAUUUGUCUUCUUUCUAUGUGACUCUCUCUCUCUCUCUCUCUCUCUCUCAUUUUCAGGUAAUUUAGCAUUUUAACUAUGUUAUUUUCAUUUUUAAAUAUAUAUCAUUUCAAUUAUUUUAGAGAAACCGGGUUUACAGCCUCAAUCAGUACAGAUACAUUUAAAAAUUUUGACUCUUUAAAAGAUGGAGUUCAGCAGUUUUCAAGAACUGUUUAGAUCAUCAGGUAGUCUGUUACUCCCUUUUGUUUUUUGUUUUCAGCCAAUCUUCAUGGUUUUCUUUAUGAGCUAGAUCUUCAUUCAUUUGAUGGUUGGUUAGAGAUGAAAAAUUUAAGGUCUAGUGUGUUUUAACAAUCUUUCUUCCCUGUUUCAUCAAUGCUAAGCAAGCAAAACCAGCUGAACUUCGCAAUUUUUUCUUGCAAAAAUGUACUGCAGUGGGCAGCAGUGGAGAGAGGCAGUGGCGGUUUCUCAUCUGUUGCCUAUAUUUUUGAGGUUGAUCAGCCAAAUCAAGCAUAGUUUUUUUCUCAGGUUUUCUUAUAAUGUACACCCGUGAUUCAAGCUUUACUACUGGUUCUUACCAACAGAGGGCUGGUGGGAAGAACUCAUUUUUGACUGGGAAUUGCCUCUGUAAUUGUUUCAUUCAAUGAAAUUGAAAUAACAUAAUUUUUCUUA